AUCCAUUAGUCACCCAAACACCGGAGUUAAACUGAGGAGCAGAAAACUGACGGAGCAGAGGCAGGUUUUUGUCCAGUCCAGCUCCGAGUUCCUCUCAUUUUAACACUAGUCCUGCAGCUGCACCGGCCAAAUAAACUGCUUUUAUCAGCACAUUCUGAGGCAAAAUUGUGCACAGUUUCAGGAUUUGGAAUAUUCUGGGAUUAUUGUCAAUGGAGCUGUGCACAACAAGACCUAUUUAAGGUCCAAACUCCGCCCCCUGAACACAUCCCUGUCGUCGAGCCGCCAUGGCCAUCAUCGGCGCGGGCUUUGACGACCAGUCGUUGAGCAGUGACGUCAGCUUCAGCCACCUCUUCUUUGAAUCUCAAGUCCCCACCGUUAAAGGCUUGUACUUCCACAGAGGUCUGCGGCUCCGUGGAGCGGCGGCGUCACAUCCGUUCAUCGACCCCGCUGUGGAGGCCCUGGUCAACGUGGGCGGAACCCGCUACGCCUUCCCAUGGUCCACCCUGGACGACUUCCCCCAGAGCCGCCUCAGUCGGCUUCACUCCUGCACCACGUUGAGGGAGAUAGCGGAGUUUUGUGACGACUACGACGAAACGCUGCGCGAAUUCUACUUCGACCGCGACCCUUUGGCCUUCAGAGCCAUCUUCAACUAUCUGGCGAUGGGGAAGCUGCGUCUGGCGCAGGAGGUGUGCAACGCGGCCCUGCACUGCGAGCUGGUCUACUGGGGCAUCAACGUCAAGAUGAUGGAGCCCUGCUGCCAGCAUCGGAUGGUGUCCACGGUGGAGGAGGUGGCGGAGCACGAACGCAAGGAGCAGGAGUGGCGAGAGAGGAGACGGGCGAUGAGGACGACGCUGAAGGGAGGCUUCUGCCACCGACUGGGGGAGGCGGUGGAGAACCCACACUCCGGUUUAGCGGGGAAAGUGUUCGCCUUCCUGUCCGUCAUCAUGGUCAUGGUCACUGUGGUCAGCCUGUGCAUCAGUACGCUGAUGGAGGACGAGGACCAAGACGACACGGCUGAAUGUUCUCAGACCACCCGUAACUUCUUCUUGGUGGAGUCCGUCUGCGUGGUUUGGUUCACUUUAGAGUUUGUGGUGAGAUUUUUCCAUGCGAAGGACAAGGUGGCGUUUGUUCGUGGACCUCUGAAUAUCAUCGACGCCGCCGCCAUCCUUCCUUACUACAUCCUGCUGCUUCUGGAGCUCAAAGACGAGUCUGUGCAGGACGUCGUAGCCGGUGCAGGGAAGAGCACGUUGGAUAAGCUGGGUCUGGUCCUACGUGUGAUGAGGGCUUUGCGUAUCUUGUACGUGAUGCGUCUGGCCCGUCACUCCUUGGGCCUCCAGACUCUGGGGUUGACCAUCCAGCGCAGUAUGACGGACUUCGGUUUGCUGCUGCUCUUCGUCUGCGUCGCCAUUACUCUCUUCUCGCCGCUGGUCCAUCUCGCUGAAAGUGAGUUCGCCCCGAAUGCCGCCCGCUCUCCUCAUCUGAGCUUCAGCAGCAUCCCGGCCUCGUUCUGGUGGACCAUCAUCUCUGUGACCACGGUGGGCUACGGCGACAUGGUUCCGCACAGCACCCCGGGUCAGCUGGUGGGGCUGGUCAGCAUCCUGGCGGGGGUCCUCAUCCUGUCCUUCCCCUCCACCUCCAUCUUCCAUACGUUCUCCUACACUUACACUGAGCUGAAGCAGGAACGGGAGAGGCUGUGGAAGGAGGUGAGGGAGGCGGAGCUCGCCACCGAGGACGAAGAAAGCAUGAAAGAAAGAGAAACCUGGCCCGAUAAUUGGCCGGAGAGCGACAUUUUACCGGGAUUAGAGGAUCCUUUUUUCAUAGCGUUGGCUCAGAGCAGCAGUCGUCAACCUCUGAUUCUGCAGUGAAAAUGUAAACGACGGAGGCAAAAGCAUGUGGACGCACCAGUAGAUCAACCCCAGGAUCCACCCACUGGAAUAUAAGUAAAGAUGAAGUUUAACGCUCUGGUAUCCUGCCCCUAGAGGUCGUUCCUUAUCACCAAAAGUGUGUAAUCUGGGCAGUGUUGAAAUACUGU